CUCGGCGGGCGCGCCAUGGGCAGCGGCAGCAGCCGGGGCGGCCGCGCCCUGAAGCGGCUGCGCGGCGCCGACAGCCGGCCGGCGGGGCCCGGCGGGGCAGCCCCGGAGGGCGGGACGGGGCCGCCGGCCUCGGCGACCGCGGCGGCCCGGGAGGAGGCCCCGGAGGCGGCCGGCCCCGCGGCGCCCCCCGACGGCAGGGACGAAACCCUGCGCCUGCUGGACCAGCUGCUGGCCGAGUCGGCGGCCUGGGCGCCCGGGGAGCUGGCCCCGCGCGGCCCGGCGCGGCCCCGACCCGCCGCCGGCGCCGGGAGCCCGGUGGCCCCCAAACAGAGCGCUGAGGACCACCCAGAGGGCAGCAGUGUCUCUGAAGCCCCAGACAGCUGCUACGAGAGGCCCGAGAGGCCCGAGAGGCCAUCCGCCAUCACCUACGACUACUCCGAGGAGGAGCUGAUGGCCAGCAUUGAGCAGGAGUACUGCUGCUGAGGCCGGUGCUGCAGCAGCCCCGCUGUCACCCAGCGGCCAGUUUGCUGCUCCUCCCAGACCUGGCCCCACCUGCCCUGCCCAAGGCUCUAGGUGGAGCUGAGCCCCCUCCAACAUGCAGUUACUCCUGGAUCUGUCACAGCGGACCCUUUCAAGUCCACAUUCAGAUGGGCCUGAAUGGGGCUGGCUGCUGCCCAUUGUGCUUAUUGGCAAGAGGCGGUCAGCUCUGUGGACGCGGGCCAGAAGGAGGGUGCAGGUGCUGCCCCACAGGCGCGGGGCCAGGUGACCUGCCACAUACCUGCCCCUCCCCUCAGUCUCUGGGGAGAGUGGGCUACAAGAUGCUCCUGGAUCUUGAAAUGCUUCUCCUUUCUGAUGGCCCACUGGCCACCUGCUCAGGAGGCCCUUGAGCUGAAUGAAAGUCUUGGGGCCUCUAACACCCCUGCCGCAGCGCCUCAGGGACGUUCCCCGCAGCAGGUGCACCCAGCUGGAGGGAGUGGAGGGAGUCACCCUCCAUGCCACAAAGGAAUCGCUGAAGAUGCUACUGAAAUGAAAACAUUCAGAUUCUGUGUGUCUGGGGGCCUGGGAGUCUUCAUUUCUCACCAGCUCCCGGGUGAGACCCAGGCUGCCAGAUCCCAGCCACCCUCGGAGCAGCGAGGAUUGAGUCUGAGCUUUAGGCUCCAGGUAAUGCUUCCCUGGAGCUGGAGGCUGCUCAGAGCCACAGCCCAGCUGCCUCCACAAAGAGAGGCCUGUGCUGUGGCCAGUGUGGAGGGACAGGAGCUGGAGCCCCCCCGCCCCCCGCCCCCCGUCUGAUCCUUGCUCUGUCACUAACUUGCAGUCACCUUCCCUCUCUGACUCAGCUUUCCUUUCUAGAAAGGGAGCCCCGGAGGCUCUUCGGGUGUUGUCUCCCCACCCCCCCACCUAGGACGACACACUCCCAGGCUUCCCUGGUCUCUGGGCACAGGACCGCCUUCCUGUCCAGGUGGAGCCCAGCACCCCCUGGACAGGCUCUUCAGGGCUGCCUGCUCUUCCCACCCAGGAAGAAAGUAGAAAUCUCACAGCCGCAAGGCCAGAAGAGCCUCCGAACCUUCCCAGCCGCCAAAGGAGAAAGCCAUCCAAGGAUGCCCUGUGAACGAGGCAGGGCCCGGAGAAGUGCAGCCUGGCCGGAAGGCUGCGCUCAGCAGGCUCGGGGUGUCAGAGCGGCCGGGAAGCAGCUCCUCUGGAGCAGCUGGCUGCGGUGUCGGUACAGAAAGCCUUGUGGAAGGCACGGCCGCGUCCCAGCCAGAACAGGUCUCAGCUUGUCUGGUGUUAACCGCUCACACAGCCGCCUCUGGGGCAUCGCCCACCAGCAAAGGGGCAAGAUGGUCUCAGAAACCAAGGAACGACCCCUUGGCCCUGUCCCCAGACCCAUGGGCCUGUUGCUAAAAGGGGCAAACAGGUGUUUCCACGAACCUGUAAGACUUGGCCUUGUGCCUUUGAUCAGAUGGUCCAGGGGUGCGAGAUUUUAACCUGCAAGUCAGAAGAUGGAGCGCUGGAGCCUCCCACUAAACGCCCCUGAGGGUUGGCUCAGAAUGUCCCCAAAGCAAGAGCUAUUUCUCAUCCAAGCCCAAACCUUUCAUUUUGAUAUGAAGAUUAAAGCCAAUACUAUUUCGAGAACACAAAUACUUCUUUUAACAGAAGUUACGACUUUAUUUCUCACCACUAGAUGGCUCAGACCUUGAAUUUAAUGAUGUGAAAGUGGAAACCUCAUCCAACCCUUAAUGAGAUAAAAGCACUAAGAACAAAAAAAACUUCCUGAAGUUACAUUUUAUGUUACUGUCAAGGCGAAUGCACUUCAUCAGAGCUAAGAAGUCACAGCGGUUGUUCUCAGAUCUUUUUAUUUUUUUGUUUUGAUUCCCUGAAUUCAGGAACAGCGUCUUCUGAACAGCGGCUUGCCAAAAAAGCAGCGGGUCCCAGCCCGUGAUGCGGAGAUGGGCGAUGGACGGAGGACGCUUGGUGGUGGCAGGGGUGCUGGUCCUGGUGGCGACUGCCUCUUGCACUCAAUGGGCACACAGUGCCUCGUGGGUGCUGAGCGCUGCUUCAGGCCUUCUCUUGGGUGCUGGGUGCUGCUUCUGAGCCCCCGCUUCUGCUUAGGAGCUGAGUGUGGCAUCUGCUCAGGGAGAAUGUGACUGAAAUAAAGGCGGGAAAAGACCCUUCCAUGUUGAAAGUAA